GUCCGUGUCCCUGUGUUAUUUAAAGCCAGAGAUCCUCCCUCUCACCGAGCCACUGUGUUGCAUCUGUCUGCCUCGCUGCUUGUGUGUCUGGGUGCGUGCGUGUGUGUUGUGUGUGUGCGUGAAUGUGUAUGAGAGUGCGCUAAAAAAACCCAGGCAGCCAGUGGGAGAGCUAGAGAGCGAGGAGAGAGACACGGGGGGGAAAGGCAAAAAGCAUCUGAGAAGGCAGAAGGAACGGGAGUGUGAGACAGCUAUGAAAUUCAUCCAAGCUAUUUGCUUACUGCUUCUCUGUCCGGCUCUGAGCCUCAACACCAGACAAAGCUAUGACGGGCUGGAGAAGAAGCUAAAGGAAGUAUUCAGUGAACGCAGCAGCAUCUUGCACCAGCUCUCCAAGACAUCAAAAGAGCUGGACAGCAUAAAAGGCAACAUCAAGUCGCUGAAAAAUGAUGAGUCAGUGGCCAAGACGGACGUGCAGAGGAUCCUGGAGCUCAGCCACAAACAGAGAGAGGAGAUGAAGUCCCUCCAGGCAGCCUUGCAGAAGCAGCUGGAUGAGGCAAAUGAGAGAGCAGAGAAGCAGCAGGCCACGAUUAAAUUUCUCAAAGUGGAGAUGGAGAAAAAAACCAAAAUCAUCAAGGAUCUACAGCAAGAGAACAAGAGCCUGAAAACUAAACUCCUCUCGGGACACAAACUGUGCGAUGCAUAUGCUGAAGAGUCCAAAAAGAUCCAGGCUCAACUGAAAGAACUGCGGUACGGGAAAAAGGAUUUAAUUUUUAAGGGGCAGCAGCUAAUGGACCUGGAGCACAAGUUAACCAUCGCGAAGGAGGAACUGGAGAAGACGGCACUGGAUAAGGAGUCCCAGCUGAAGGCGCUGAAGGACACAGUUCACAUCUGCUUCUCCGCCGUCCUGCACAACCAGCCCAGCGGCAGCCACAGAUUUCCCGCCGCCCCCACCCACCUGUUCAGAUACUCAUCACUCAUCAACAGCUCCAGAGUCACCUUUCAGCAGCCGCACGCCAAGGACAUCUCCAGAGUUCAGAGAAUCGUCACAGACAGUAAAUCACCCGUGAACAUCGGAGUAACGAGGAGAGAGAGUGGCGGCGUGAAAGCGUGCCAGAUGGAAAAGACCGGAGGCGACUGCUUCCAGAAUCAGACGGAGGAAUCGGCCCCGGACAGUAAAAAGCAACCUGAGGCACAGCAGCAAAGGAGCCAAGCAGAGACUGGGAAAAUCAACACGAAGCUCUCAGACGCCAGCGAGGAGGCGGAGGGAGGCAGCAGCAGCAAAAAGACAAAGCCACAUAAAGACAACUGAGCGGACGGCGUGUCACCCAAACUGCGGAGCUCCUGUUGCCUGAAGGAUCUUUCUAAGAGCACACACUUUUGCGCACUCUCACAAAAAACAAUGUGCGCCCACACACACACACAGACACACACAUACAGACACAUUUUAAACACGCACACACACACACACACACACACAUACACUCGACAGCUACAUAUGCGCAUAUCAGCAUUGUUUGCAAAAAGCUGAGACACUGGAAUUGUCAAACUUCGAACCGUCAUCUGAAAAUCCUCCAUAGUAAAAACGGCAUGCAUUCUAGAACUUCUUUUUAAAAAGGUAGCAAUGGCACUGGUAACUUGUUUCAUGAUUGUUCAUUUGUUGUUUACUGAUCUGAGUUUUCUUCUGAGUGAGGACACUGCUUUCUAAAUGUGUGAUCUUUCUAGAAAAAUCCCUUUGCACUGGUGAGGUCUGACACUGUAUCCUGUGAUAAGUAUAAAUCAAUUGACAAAUAAGAGAUACCCCUACUACUAUAACUACUACUACUACUACUACUACUACCCAACUUAGACUAUUGUUUGUCACUCAUUGUAGCACGGUUAAUUUACUCCUCCACAUUUUGAAAUAUAGAGGCUCAAGUUGGCUGGCCAACUGUUCAAGGUUUAAUAUUUCAGCACUCUUCCUGCCUUCAACACUCCAGAGGCGAAGAGCCAAAGACUCACAAUGGGUCGUCUCCCUGAGAAUGUGCCAUGCACUGAGUAGUAACUCCUAGCUACAUGUAUCCGUGUUAUCUGACCUUUCUGUGUCCUUUCAAUAAACUGUAAUUUUCAGUAAAUGUGUGCAGAAUAAAUGGUUAUUUGUGGGAAAGAAA